CACUGUUAAAGGUCAAGGAUGCUCAUUGAUCGAAAUCUGCUCCAAUUCUGUUCACAAUCAUUUGGAACACUUGAAGACCGGCUCAGCGAUGUUUUGUCGCGCCUUAUUCAAACCUCCCAAAUCAUUGUUUACGAUUGGAUGUACUGUGAUGUCUUCAUCUCACAAGUCUUGGAAUUCAAUAUAUGAAUUCACUGUUAAGGAUAUCAAUGGUGUGGAUGUCUCCUUAGAGAAAUACCGUGGUCACGUUUGUCUAAUUGUUAACGUUGCUUGUAAGUGAGGCGCAACGGACAAGAACUAUCGCCAACUCCAGGAGAUGCACACUCGACUGGUUGGCAAAGGCCUCCGUAUAUUAGCGUUCCCUUGCAACCAAUUCGGUGGUCAGGAACCCUGGGCAGAAGCGGAGAUUAAGAAGUUCGUGACUGAAAAGUACGGCGUCCAGUUCGAUAUGUUUUCCAAGAUAAAAGUCAAUGGAUCUGACGCUGAUGAUCUCUAUAAAUUUCUUAAAAGUAGACUACAUGGUACCCUAACAAAUGAUAUUAAGUGGAACUUUUCUAAAUUUCUUAUAGAUCGCCAAGGUCAACCGGUCAAAAGAUAUUCUCCUACAACUGCCCCAAAUUUCUGAUUGUCUAAAUAUAUAGACGUAACUUGAGAUAAACUGACGAAAUCAGCAAUCCACCCUACAAACUUUGGUUUUUUCUUAAUUGUCUAGGUGUUUUGUGUUAUUUCUUAAGUAUGUAACUUUCAGUCAUUUAAUGGGUGCGUUAGCUUUCUCCCGUCUAAUGACAUGCAGACGCAAAACAUGGCUCAUAAACAAAUCACUUAAGGUCACCGUAUAGUGUACGUCACAAGAACUCAGUGUUAAUAUAAACUAGUAAUGUAUGCUAGCAUCAGAAAGUGAGGAGCAAAAUAUUCACAAUUGAAGUUUAGUUAUUGCUUCCGCUUGGUUGAUCGCAGGCAAUGUCGUUACGUUACGCCACGUAAUCUGUAGUUUCUGUGGAUUUGAAGCUGCCAUCAAGAAAGUUUACUUAUUUGAACAUUUAGCAGGUUAGUGACCUCACUGAACAGUGGUUGUUCAGAUGAUUUCAUCAAUGCGUUUACAAACUAGUCUAACCUCACAGCCGGUACAUGUUGAUAAAGUCACCGGCUAAUUGUCAUGAAUGAAAGAUGAAACAUCAACUUUAGUUACUUGUUAGUUUUAUGGCAUGUGAAACGAAGUCUAUCGCUGCAUACAUUUUUAAUGUACUGUACUUCACAUAGCGUUGAUUCUGUAGUAUGUAAUACUGAUGUGGAGUGCGGAAAAUUGAACUAGUGUAUGUCCAUUCCAAACAAUUCCUUGAUUUUGACCGUCUACCGUAUUAGGUGGUUAGUCCCAUGUAUGAUGCUUAAUGUCUAAUAGUGACAAAUCUCAUGAAACUGUUAUAAUUUUCUCAAUAAGUAAUCACCUUUUAGUUUUAGUAUUUUUGACCGAACUUUUAAUUUUCUGUAGGAUAUUGUAGGAGAUAUCAUGAAGCUUUUGGAAAAGAAGUGAUCAAUGGAACUUUUGAGCUGUGAACAAAUUCUCGCUAUAUGACGAUGGCAAUCUCAAAUGUUCAUUGAUUGCCAUUUGAUGAAAUCAGUUUUGUGUGCACCUGAUUGCAGAAUUUUGUUUACCUUGCUCAUAUUUUUCAUUGAAACUACUUCUCAGAAUAAAUGUGUUAUCUAUAA